AUAACAUUUUCAUCACCCCAAAAGAAAGACCGUACCCGUUAGCAGUCACUCUCCAUUCCUCCCAACCCCCGGCUCCUGGAACCCACUAUUCUGCUCUCUAUGGAUUUGCAUAUUGAUGUGUUCUUUUUAAAGCAUCUCUGUAUCCCCAGUGCCUAGUGCUGUGAGGAUGGGUAUCUCCCAUUUUACAGAUGAGAAAACUGAGACUCAGGACUCCUCAGGAAACUGACUUUCCCUUUUUUCAGUGUGCCUAGUGUCUCCACAGAACUGGGAUGCCCUGGGGGAGGAUGGAAACUCAGCAGAAAGAGAAGAAAUGAGUUGUGGGCAUUGAGUGGGGAGUUCCCUGCUCAGCCACUUGCUGCAGCCCACACCUGGGCCCUCUCGGCUGGGAGGUCACUCUUGCGGGUGGGCUUGCUGACUGCAGAUUCAGUGCUGGUGGUCUGAGUUCAAUGUUAUGCCUGGCCUGUGCCAGGGACAGUACCAGCACCACCCUCCCACAGGGGCGCAGACAUCUGGGCAGGCAGGUGAAGGCUGAGGGCAGCUGUGUGAGUGGAGGGCCAAGUCAGGGAUAGCAACGGGUUGUGGCCUGAAGCCCAGGCUCCACCUUUUAGGAGCUCUGUGACUGUGAGCAAGUGACUGCACCCCGCUGGGCCUCCCUUUCCUUCUCUGUGAAUGGUACCCAUCCUCAGGUACCUCAGGGUGCUGUAAGCCUCAGUGAAUCCAUGUGGAUGCUCCCACCACAGCAUCGAGAACUACACGUGGGUUCCCUCCCUCCAGACCCUGGGCCCCAAGGAGCAAAGGCUCAGAAAGGCUGGCGGCUGUCAGAGGCUGAACAGGGGCCGGAGCCAGCAUUGUAGUUUCUGACCCUUUGAAGCCUGUCUCCUCAACUGUAAAAGGGGUUUAAUAAUCAUUCCUCCCUCCCUGUAAGUGAUAAGGGCUGGGGAUGUGCAGUUAUCAGCACCCUCUGGGCCUCAGACAGGGAAACCAGACAGGCUCCUGUUACCUCCAAGCUGCCUUCCCUCCCAGGGCUGCUGUCAUCCUGGCCUCUUUCAUCCUAGAUUUAAUUAGCCAGGCAGCCCCACUCCACAGCCUUUCUGGCCGAAGUCAUCACUCCCAUUUUAUAGGUGGGGAAACUGAGGCACCUAGAGGGAAGUAGUUUGGGAUUGCCGCCUGUGAGUCAACUGUUGAGCCAGGGCCCAGAGAAGCUGGGACUGGGUUUUCCAGCUGGACUUGUCCCUUGGGGUGGAUCCCUGUCUCCAUCCCCUUGGCACCCUGGGCACACAGCCUCUUUUCCAGGUCUCUCUACCUCACCACUCCCUACCACCUCCCAUUUGGAGGGCAGCAGGAGGGGGUGGGGAGGGGCCUGCCAAGCCCGGGGAAAGGUGAGAAACUAGUUGGCAGCGAUGGCAUGGGGGUUCAGGCCUGUUUCAUCUUCAGAGCGGGCUAAUGAGAGCCAGAGGCGUUACUCAGAUCGGCGGGCUGUGGGUGUGGGGUCUGGACGCCCGCGGUUCUGUACCCUGGAAAUCUGCGAUCAGUGGGGCGUCUGCAGCCUGGACCCUAGACCCAGGAGGGGCUGCUAGCUGAGCCCCAGGCCCAGACCUCUGAGUGCCCCCAAACAGCCCUGCUCCAUCCCUCUGGAAGUCAAGAGUGCUGGGCUCGGGCACUGCAGACCCCAGAUCUCCUGCGGCGGCAAGGCCUCAGUUUCCCGGUCCGUGCUAAGCGUGCUGUGAGCCCCGUGACCGUGACCGCCCCCUGCCAGUCCUCAUGUCUGCAUCCCGUUGUUUUCCGGCUUCAUCGCAGCUUGGGACUUGGCCCCGCCAGCUUUACCCUGGUCUGGCUGCCGCGACCCUAGCCGACCGUCGGCGCGGCCUCCGCCAAAGGGACUUGCGUGCCUGACCAUGGGACCCACGAGCCGGGAAACCUGGGCCCAGCGCCUGGGCACCUUCCGGGCCAGCCCGUCCGCCUUCAUGGCAGGUCCUGAGGGUGAGGAUCUGGGUCGUAACCUGCUGAGCGACCUGAGGAGUGAGAAGCUGAGCGAGCCAACUAAGGUUUCCUUGCUGGCUCUGAGCUUGGAGUACCCAGCGCAGCUGUGGCCGGACGCUCCUGCGGCCGAAGUAGCCGCCACCUCCUUGUUGGAUACCCUGGUCCUUCUACCCCCGCGGCCCUCGGCUCUGCGGCGGCCCCUUCUGCUGGCGGCCACCACAGCCUUGGCGGCAGGAGGUGCGUUGGGCCCCACCUCGAGAGCCUCCCGCCGGCUCUUGCCCCUGCUGCUGGGCUUGGCCUCGGGCCGCGAUUUGGGGAGAAGCUUCGGUCCUGCCUCGGAACAGCGCCCCCUGCAGGCCACAGCGUGGGAGUGCCUGCGGGAGCUGGAGAGCUGCAAGCCUGGGCUGCUGGGGGGCUGUCUGGGGCUGCUUCGGGGCCUGCUGGGGCAGGAGGCCGCUGUACAGCCACUCAGCCUGCUGCUGGCACUUGCCCUACGAAACGCCUUGGUGAUACAGGCCAGGGCCAGGGCUGGCCUGCAGGGCCUGCUCGUGGCUGGGGGCUGUCCCACCGAGGGUGGUCCCUGGAACUGGAUGCUAGCUGAGGAGGGUGAUGCCCACCUUCAGCCCCAGGCACCCAGUUGGCCAGCAGCUGAGGAGGGGGAGUGUUGCCUUGCCACGCUGGAGCUCAGUCCUGAGGAGGCCCGGGAGCUGCGGGCUGCCGUGGCCCAGCUUCUGGACAUCUCCUACCUGCUCACUCCUGUGGCCCAGGCCCAGCUUCUGUGGCUGCUGGGCUGGGCCCUGCGGGGUCUUCGGGGACAGCCACCAGUGCUCUUCAAGCCACAGCUGGUACGGCUGCUGGGCACAGCACAGCUGACGCUGCUGCACGCCGUCCUGGCUCUGAAGGCGGCCUUUGGUGAGGCACUGUUCACAGCCCAGGAUGAGGCCUUGCUGCUUCGCCGGCUCACCUUGGCUGCCCAGCACCCGGCCCUGCCCCUGCCCGCCCAUCUCUUCUACCUGCACUGCCUCUUGAACUUCCCUGAGAACUGGCCGCUGGGCCCCGCAGGCGAGGAGGCUGCCCCGCUAUUGCUGGGGUUCCAGCUAUGCCGUGGCCUCCUGCCCAGUCUCCUGCAUGAGCCGAUGGCCCUGCUGGCCCGCCUGCAUCUGCUGUGCCUCCUCUGUGUGGAAGACGAAGAAAAGGAGGAAAAGGGCCAGGAUCAGAGCCCCCGGCAGUACCUGGAGGAGCUACUGGCUGGCCUGCGGCAGAGGGCAGCCCUGGAUGGUGGCCCCCGGGCCUUAGCCACUCUCUGCUUCCAGGCCUCCUACCUCGUUGCUCGCUGCCUGGCCGGGCAACCUGUGGUGCUGACACCCUUGACCCACGGACUGGCCCAGCUGUACCGAGCCCGGCCUGCACUGGCUCCCCAUUUCGUGGAUCUCUUGGAUCGGGUGGGCCCUGAGCUGGGGGAACCCUUAAAGGUGGUCUUGCGGCAGGAGGUGGUGUCCAGGCCAGGCAGGGAUGAGGCCCUUCGUUGGCACCUGCAGAUGCUGGCAAGGGUGGCAGAUGGGGAUGCCCAGAGUGCCACCCUUGGCUUCCUGCAGGCUGCAGCUGCUCGCUGCACGGACUGGGGCCUCCAGCAGGCCCUCCUGCAGGUCUGCCGGGCCCUGCUGCGGGCAGGUGUUGGAGGAGGCCUGGCGGACUUGCUGCAGGCCCUGGCCAGGCAGCUGGAGGACCCUGAUGGGCGGGACCACGCGCGCCUCUACUACAUCCUCCUGGCCCACCUGGAAGAGCCCAAGCUGGGGGUGGCCCUGGGCCCCUCCCUUGCCGCACCUGCACUGGCCUCUUCACUGGUGGCCGAGAACCAGGGCUUUGCUGCAGCGCUGAUGGUGCAGGAGGCCCCGGCCCCGAUUCGGCUAAGCAUGGGUCCCCACAGAGCCAAGGGCCCGGUCCCAGUGCUGCAGCUCCAGGUGGAGGUGCUGGAGCAGGUGUAUUCUCUGGAACUGCGCUUCCGUGUGGAAAGACAGCUCUAUGCACCCUUGGGGGCUGUGCACGUGCCGUGCCUGUGCCCCGGCCGCCCCACCCGCCCUCUGCUGCUGCCUCUGCAGCCCCGACGCCCGGCUCCCGCGAGGCUGGCUGUGCGCGCCCUGUACACCACACCCAGCGGCCUCACCUGCCAUGCUCACCUGCCACCCCUGCUUGUGAACUUCGCUGACCUCUUUCUGCCUUUCCCUCAGCCCCCCGAGGGGGCCAAGCUGGGCUUCUUCGAGGAGCUCUGGCACUCCUGCCUGCCAAAGGGCACCGAGAGUCGCUUGUGGUGCCCUCUAGGGCCACAUGGGCUGGAGGCCUUGGUGUCCCGCCACCUGGAGCCCUUUGUGGUGGUGGCCCAACCCCCGACCAGCUACCUUAUAGCCAUCCGUCUGCCCCCAGACUCGCGGUUGCUGCUGCGGCUGGAAGCAGCCCAGGCAGACGGAGUGCCUGUGGCCCUGCGGACUGAUGACUGGGCCGUGCUGCCUCUGGUGGGGGACUACCUCCGGGGGCUGUCAGCGGCUGGCUGAGCCCCAGGGCUGGCACAGGUAGGAGCAGGACUGCGGCCUUUGCAGGCUCUUGCCCAAGAAGUGCUGCUGAGAGCCAGGAUACAGCCCCGUAGCUCCUUUCUGUAAAAACAAAACAAAAAGCCCCCUAUAUUUGCUAAGAA